UUUGCAGCCCUCAGACGUUCUCGUGAAAGACGACAAGAAGGACGCGCUGUCACGAUGACGGUCGGGCUGGGUGCUCUCCUGCUACUCGCCCCGUUGCUUCCGAUUCGAGCGUUGCAACCGGUGUCCCUGGUCACGGUGGAAGUUGGCGUUAACGUGACGUUUGUGUGCCCACGUUCCGAAAACAUGGGAGACAUAUUUUACUGGUACAAGAUGAAGAUCGGAUAUACGAUCCAAACAAUCGUGGAGGGCUACUUCGGGCAACUGUCCCUUCGAGGUCUCUUCAAGGAUGGCAGAUUCUCAACCGCGCGUGUGAGUGACGCUUACAUUUUAAACAUCACAAACGUGAACAAAGAAGACGAAGCGACGUACACCUGCCAAGCUGGGACGUCGUACAACAUGAGGUUUAUUGACAGCACGCAUUUGCUUGUGAAAGAUCCCACACAAAAGACCUUCUACGUGAAGCAAAUACCGCAAGCAAAGUCCGUCGACGCCGGGCAAUCGGUGACCUUCCAGUGUUCGAUUUUCUCAAAGAGCCACAGGAACGUCAGCCUCUGUCCAGAGAAAAGCACCGUGUACUGGUUCAAAUCCGGGUCGGGAGACUCCUACCCGCACAUGAUUUACACGGACAGAGAUGAAGAAAAGCUCCAAGGGAGUUGUGUCUACCAUCUGUCCAAACUCAUGCGGGACUCUUCCGAUACCGGGAUGUACUACUGCGCCGUGGCGACAUGCGGAGAGAUCCUGUUUGGCCAAGGAACCAAUGUGGAGACACGACAAGACCUGGAACCAGUUGGCAUCCUCCUUGCGGCUCUGCUCGCCUCCGCCGUGGUUGUGGUUGCUGUUGUCAUGGUCUAAGUUCUUUGCAUUUAUACUUCGUAUUCAUCUUAUUUUAUAUUGCAGUAAACGCUUGAAAAUUGUAACAAUAAAUU